CAUAGCCCCACGCAUAGCCCAACGCAUAGCCCAACGCAUAGCCCUACACAUAGCCCCACCCCAACGCAUAGCACCACACAUAGCCCAACGCAUAGCCCAACGCAUAGCCCAACGCAUAGCCCCACGAAUAGCCCUACAUAUAGCCCUACACAUAGCCCAACGCAUAGCCCUACACAUAGCCCUACACAUAGCCCAACGCAUAGCCCAACGCAUAGCCCCACGAAUAGCCCUACAUAUAGCCCUACACAUAGCCCUACACAUAGCCCAACGCAUAGCCCUACACAUAGCCCUACACAUAGCCCAACGCAUAGCCCUACACAUAGCCCAACGCAUAGCCCCACGAAUAGCCCUACACAUAGCCCCACGAAUAGCCCUACACAUAGCCCUACACAUAGCCCUACACAUAGCCCAACGCAUAGCCCUACACAUAGCCCAACGCAUAGCCCCACGAAUAGCCCUACACAUAGCCCCACGAAUAGCCCUACACAUAGCCCCACGAAUAGCCCUACACAUAGCCCUACACAUAGCCCAACGCAUAGCCCUACACAUAGCCCUACACAUAGCCCUACACAUAGCCCUACACAUAGCGCUACACAUAGCCCUACACAUAGCCCUACACAUAGCCCAACGCAUAGCCCUACACAUAGCCCAACGCAUAGCCCCACGAAUAGCCCUACACAUAGCCCCACGAAUAGCCCUACACAUAGCCCCACGAAUAGCCCUACACAUAGCCCUACACAUAGCCCAACGCAUAGCCCUACACAUAGCCCUACACAUAGCCCUACACAUAGCCCUACACAUAGCCCUACACAUAGCCCUACACAUAGCCCAACGCAUAGCCCUACACAUAGCCCUACACAUAGCCCUACACAUAGCCCUACACAUAGCCCUACACAUAGCCCUACACAUAGCCCAACGCAUAGCCCCACGCAUAGCCCUACACAUAGCCCAACGCAUAGCACCACACAUAGCCCAACGCAUAGCCCAAUGCAUAGCCCAACGCAUAGCCCCACGCAUAGCCCAACGCAUAGCACCACACAUAGCCCAACGCAUAGCCCAACGCAUAGCCCAACGCAUAGCCCCACGAAUAGCCCUACAUAUAGCCCUACACAUAGCCCAACGCAUAGCCCUACACAUAGCCCUACACAUAGCCCAACGCAUAGCCCAACGCAUAGCCCCACGAAUAGCCCUACAUAUAGCCCUACACAUAGCCCAACGCAUAGCCCCACGCAUAGCCCUACACAUAGCCCCACGAAUAGCCCUACACAUAGCCCUACACAUAGCCCAACGCAUAGCCCUACACAUAGCCCUACACAUAGCCCAACGCAUAGCCCUACACAUAGCCCAACGCAUAGCCCCACGAAUAGCCCUACACAUAGCCCCACGAAUAGCCCUACACAUAGCCCUACACAUAGCCCUACACAUAGCCCAACGCAUAGCCCUACACAUAGCCCAACGCAUAGCCCCACGAAUAGCCCUACACAUAGCCCCACGAAUAGCCCUACACAUAGCCCUACACAUAGCCCAACGCAUAGCCCUACACAUAGCCCUACACAUAGCCCUACACAUAGCCCUACACAUAGCCCUACACAUAGCCCUACACAUAGCCCAACGCAUAGCCCUACACAUAGCCCAACGCAUAGCCCCACGAAUAGCCCUACACAUAGCCCCACGAAUAGCCCUACACAUAGCCCCACGAAUAGCCCUACACAUAGCCCUACACAUAGCCCAACGCAUAGCCCUACACAUAGCCCUACACAUAGCCCUACACAUAGCCCUACACAUAGCCCUACACAUAGCCCUACACAUAGCCCAACGCAUAGCCCUACACAUAGCCCUACACAUAGCCCUACACAUAGCCCUACACAUAGCCCUACACAUAGCCCUACACAUAGCCCAACGCAUAGCCCCACGCAUAGCCCUACACAUAGCCCUACACAUAGCCCUACACAUUUUUAUCCAAAUAUUUGCCUACAUGUUGUCUGUUUCAAAGACCAUUUGCCAUCCUGCUUCAGGUGA